AUGGACGUCGAUGAAACCAUACUAGGUGGCCCACUUCCAAGCCAUACCAUUCAUCGGUUCGUGCUCCCUGUAGACGGUCUUCUUAUGGAGUGCUACGGUGUCGGUGAGCUAAAGUUUUACAUCCACAGGACUCAGGACAGUCUUCAGAAGGCGAUCAAGGCACUCCAUAAAUUGGAGAGCAAGAUUGGAGGAUCGACUGGGGAAUUCGCUGCAUACAGAAAAACGUUGAAAGAAAUCGGCAAUGACCUUGCUGUUGUGGGAAAGAGCGCAGAAUAA